AAAAAUUAAUUCAAAAUUUUUCAUGGCGGAGAAGCAAAUAGAAGUCCGUACACUGACCGGUCAAUCCACCGCCGUUACCGUGUCUCCAGAAACAACAAUUAACGAUCUAAAGCUUCUCUUGAAACUAUCUUUCCCUCCCGCCACUUUAUCUCCCAAUUUCCACCUAUUUUUCAAGGGUACUAAAUUGAACUUGCAAUGCAAAGUGAGUAGCCUCGCCUCUCUGCCUGGUGAAUUCUUUGUUUUGAUUCCAUUUGCUAAGAAAAACAAGCCUCGACUUGAAAACCCUAGUUUUUCCAACGAUGCAAGCACUGCCACGAGCUUUGCGGACUCCACUUAUUCUGAUAUGAUGCAAGAAUUCUCAUCUUUACGCGAUUAUACAGGGAAUUUUAGUGAAGGUGAUAAUUGUAGUCCUAAUGGUCACCGUAAUGAUGAUUGUUCCAAAAGUGGAAGAAAACAAGGAGAGAAUGUUGAUAAGGUUCAGAGUAAAGAGGGUCAUCCUUAUGAAUUUUUGUGGAAUGUAUUGCGGUCUUUGGAUAGGGAUUUGUUUGAGGAGAAGAAUUGUGAGAAGUUUGUUGAGGUUUUACAUUCCAUGAAUUGUUUGUCCAGUCCGUAUUCAGGGAAAUGUAUGUUGUUAAGUGAGGCCAAACUCCGGAUCAUUGAUGAUCAUGGUUCGUGUUUGUGUCCUGACUGGUUGAAGAGAAUCAUGGAGGCAUUUGCUUUUUUAAGCAUUUUGUCGGCAUUUUUUCAGUUGCAAACAGAGAGGAUGACUACAAGUUGUUUGAAGCAAGUUCUGGAGCGAUUAGAGAAAUUUGGAGUUUUGAUUUGUAUGGAGGACAUAGAGCAUCUUUCUGAUAUUUGUCCCAAGGUGGUGUGUUUUGUAAAAAAUGAUAAGGAGCCUAAAAAUUUUGGUCAUGCUCUGGUUAUCACCCAUUCUUCAACAAAGGAGGGAGAAAAUUUUGAGAGCAAGCUUGGAGCUGGUAAAACAUGUACAUCCCUUUCAAAGAUUUUUAGCUUAAUGAAGAAAUGGGAAAGAUCAUUCAAAACUAGCUUGUGGGAGACUAUCAAAUUGUUAAUGUCUAAACAGAAUGACGAGAAUCUACUAUCAUUUUCCUUAGGGGAUUUGCUCUUAUUUGUAAAGGAAGGUGGUUAUCUUUUGGAAAGAGAUGAUGCAAAACGGGCAAAGAGAAGCAGGUCCUCUGAUUCAAAUUCUCAAUCAGUCAAAAGACGAUGUCAUGACACAAGUCAAUUACUACCAUCAGAAAUGGUUGAGCACCUUAGAAUGGGCAUUGGAUCAUAUGGACAGAUGGUGCAUGUCGAGAAAAUAGGUGCUAGAAAAGCUUCCUAUGUGGAAAUACCUAUUGAACUUUCAGACAACUCAACAACCGCCCUUAAAAAAAUAGGAAUCAAUAAAUUGUACAGCCACCAGGCAGAGUCAAUAUUGGCAUCUCUUUCAGGGAAGAAUGUUGUUGUAGCAACAAUGACGUCUAGUGGGAAAUCUGUUUGUUAUAAUCUGCCAGUUUUGGAGGCAUUGUCUCAUAAUUUGUCAUCAUGUGCACUUUACUUGUUUCCCACAAAGGCUUUAGCUCAAGAUCAACUAAGAGCUUUGUUAACUAUAACAUGUGGAUUUGAUUGUAGCAUUAAUAUUGGGGUAUAUGAUGGCGACACUUCUCAGAAAGAAAGGACAUGGCUUCGUGAAAAUGCUCGAUUGUUGAUCACAAAUCCCGAUAUGUUACACAUGGCAAUCCUGCCAUUGCAUAGACAAUUUAGUCGAAUAUUAUCAAAUCUUAGUUUUGUAGUGAUUGAUGAAGCUCAUGCUUAUAAGGGAGCAUUUGGAUGCCAUACUGCCCUUAUACUAAGAAGACUCCGAAGGCUUUGCUCUCAUGUGUACGGAAGUGAUCCUUCUUUUGUUUUCUGUACGGCAACUUCUGCAAAUCCUUGUGAGCACUGUAUGGAACUUGCGAAUCUGUCAACAUUGGAGCUGAUUGAAAAUGAUGGGAGUCCUUCGUCAGAGAAACUUUUUGUUCUCUGGAAUCCUGCUUUACCUCUGAGAACCGAGCUAGAUAAAAGUGAGUAUGGCAUAGAUGGAAGAAAAGCUACUGAUAAGAGUUUGAGCCCUAUAUCAGAAGUUUCACACCUUUUUGCGGAAAUGGUUCAGCAUGGACAUCGAUGUAUUGCUUUCUGUAAAUCGCGUAAACUUUGUGAGCUAGUUUUGUGUUAUACGCGUGAAAUUCUUGAAGAGGUGGCUCCCCACCUUGUCAAUUCCAUAUGUGCCUACCGUGCUGGAUAUGUUGCCGAGGAUAGGAGGAGAAUAGAGAGCGAUUUUUUUAGUGGAAAGCUUUGUGGUAUUGCUGCAACAAAUGCACUUGAAUUAGGAAUUGAUAUUGGACAUAUUGAUGUGACUCUGCAUUUAGGCUUCCCUGGUAGUAUUGCAAGCCUAUGGCAACAGGCUGGUAGAUCUGGCAGAAGAGAAAGGCCAUCUCUUGCCGUGUAUGUUGCAUUUGAAGGGCCUCUCGAUCAAUACUUUAUGAAAUUCCCUCAGAAACUAUUCCGUAGUCCGGUUGAGUGUUGUCAUAUUGAUGCUCAAAACCAGCAGGUGCUUGAACAGCAUCUAGUUUGUGCAGCUCUUGAACACCCAUUGAGUUUGCUUUAUGAUGAAAAAUAUUUCGGGCCUGGUCUGAGCAGUGCUAUAACGGCUCUUAAAUGUAGAGGAUACUUGAUUUCUAGUCAUUCAAAUGACUCUUUGGCUAAAGUAUGGAGUUACAUUGGGCACGAGAAAAGGCCUUCACGUUCAAUCAGUAUACGAGCAAUAGAGGCAGAAAGAUAUGUGGUAAUAGAAACACAAUCAAAUGAAACCCUUGAAGAGAUUGAGGAAAGCAGAGCUUUCUUUCAGGUAUACGAUGGUGCUAUUUACAUGCACCAAGGGAGAACCUAUCUGGUAAAGGAUUUGGAUUUAUCAAAAAAAAUUGCUUAUUGCGAAAAAGCUGUUGUGGACUAUUACACAAAGACUCGGGAUUAUACAGACAUACAUAUUGUUGGUGGUAAAAUUGCCUAUCCAGCCCAGGUCCCAAAGGAUCAGCUCCCAAGAACAACAGCUCAAGCAAAUCCUUGCAGUGUGACAACUACAUGGUUUGGCUUCCGCCGAAUACGUAGAGGGAGCAACCAAGUGUUAGACACUGUUGAUCUUUCUCUGCCUAAAUAUUCAUAUGAAUCACAGGCCGUUUGGAUUAGUGUUCCACAUUCCUUAAAAGUAGUAGUCGAGAAGAAGUACUCAUUUCGUGCAGGUCUGCAUGCUGCUUGUCACGCUGUUUUACAUGUUGUGCCAUUAUAUAUGAGAUGCAAUUUAUCUGACUUGGCUCCAGAAUGUCCUAAUCCUUACGAUAAUCGCUUCUUUCCCGAGAGAAUUCUAUUGUAUGAUCAGCAUCCUGGAGGUACUGGUGUCUCGAAACAGAUCCAACCAUAUUUCACAGAGCUUUUGCAUUCCGCUUUGGAACUUCUCACAUGCUGCCACUGUUCCUCCGAAACUGGUUGCCCAAAUUGUGUACAGAAUCUGGCUUGCCACGAGUAUAAUGAGCUCAUAAACAAGGAUGCAGCCAUCAUAAUUAUACAGGGUGUUUUGGAUGCGGAGAAAUCAUAUUUUGAAGGACAACCGGAACUGACACCCAGUUGCUGAGAACAGGAAAAAAAUCGAUAUUGAUUACACUCAGCCAAUUCAAAAAGAGUCGAACGAUGCUUCUGCUAGAAUUCCUAAUGGUGAUAGCCAAAUUGGCACGGUUGGA